GGCUUCGCACCAAAGCCAAUUCUUGGUACAAAGAUCGCGCACGAAUUCCUCCACUCGACCUGCAACACUGAAUCGUAUAAUACAACACUACUCUCUUGGUAUUGCUAAUGACUCGCUGUGUGUUCUUUCGUCCGGAUUCUCUAUCCGAUAGCGAGCUAUUCAUCUUCUUAGUGCGCUGCCCACGGGAACGAAGCAGGGGUCCCCAGUUGAGAUGGAGAAUAAUGACAAUGCCCAAUCCGACAACCUGUUUGGGGGCGUGUUUGCUUUUGUUUUGACAUCAAUUUCCCCCAAUGCUGCAUUCAGAUCUCACGUCAAAGAUCAACAUUGUGACGAGCAAUUGAUCUUCAGGAGAUAUCAAUGCACAAUACUCCGUACAGACACUGUCAGCAUUUAGG